UUUGUCAAGUCCUUUCAGUAAGUGACAGUAGGUGACAGUGAUUCGUGUCCAUUGUUAUCAAAACACAGUGUCUUGGUCUAAAAAUUGCGAUUUUUUCCUUUAUUAAUGCCACUAGCCCCCCAGGAAGAUGCCGAUCCUCUAUAGCGUUGUGUCAAGGGGAACCACUGUUUUGGCCAAAUACGCCAGUUGUGCUGGAAACUUCGCUGAAGUGACCGAACAAAUCAUUGCCAAAAUACCAGAAUACGACGACAAACUGACCUACUCUCAUGGCAACUACUUAUUCCACUACAUAUGCGAAAACCGCAUCAUUUACAUGUGCAUAUCGGACAAUGAAUUCGCACGCAGUAGAGCCUUUCUGUUUCUCAAUGAAAUCAAGAGGCGAUUUCAGGCCCAUUACGGGCCUAGCGCUGACACCGCUUUGGCCUACUCAUUGAAUUCGGACUUUGCCAGAGUGUUGGCGACCGAAAUGAAGCAUUACAGUGAAAGUCACGAUGUGGACACCAUUUCCAAGGUCCACAGCGAACUGGACGAGUUGAAAAACAUCAUGGUUAAGAAUAUUGAUAAUGUUGCUAUGAGAGGCGAAAGACUGGAGCUCCUGGUAAACAAGGCGAAUGAUUUGCAAACGGGCUCCGUAUCGUUUAGACACACCAGCCGAACCUUGGCUCGAUCCAUGUUCUGGAAGAACAUCAAGCUCUAUGUGAUUAUUGCCGCAAUAGUAAUUGUGAUCGUCUAUUUUAUAGUAUCGAUGGCCUGUGGGGGGCUUUUAUGGAAAGGAUGCGUGGCCAAGUAAAAUCGCCUUUUACCAGUGUCAAUUAUUAUCACCCUUUUAUUAUUGACUACAUUAAUAUUUAUAUUUCGUUGCCUACAUAGGGUUUAAGAAAUGUUUUUUAUAUACUAAGAUUUAAUAGUUACUUAGCGAUAAGAACCCGGAUGCAUUGUGGACUCUGAUAUUCCACCACAAUGCUAGUAGAUAAUAAAAUAUUAAUUGAG